GGAAGGAAUUGUCCUUGGAAUGGGAAAUCCUCUAUUGGAUAUCUCUGCCACAGUGGAUAAAGAUUUCCUUGACAAGUAUGUUAGCAUAAAGUCUGAAUAGACAAUAAUUAUUAAUCUUUCAAAUUCUCAAUUUUGUAUUUCUUCUGUAUCUAUUUAACCCAAACUUUUAACAAGCCCCUCCCCCUAAAAGUAAUCAAAGCAUUAGAAAGUAAAUUUGUCUAACUUGAUAAGAAAUCAGUCCUUUUUAGAACAUAUUGUCUACUGGUAAACAUGUAUUUUAGAACACACAGUACAUGUGAUAAACUGUUCCUUUCAUAGACUGCAAGCUCAAGUUACUUAAUUUUCAUCUUUGGCAAUUUAACAGUGUCAACAGUGCUUGCUUAGAGGCUCUUCCCUACUCAUUCUCCAUAUCCUAUUUGAAUUCUUUCUUGGCUUUGACCUUUUCUUUGGCUCACUCUCUCAUUUGUACUUUCAUAAACGUACAAUAAACAAAUGACUAAAAGUAAGUAGCUAAAUCUAUAUGCUUAUUUUAAAGAUAUUUUUGGAGGUUUAGAUCUUAGAGAAGGUUGCUUUGUGAUAGUAAGUUCUUAAACAGAUACAGUUGACUCCUGAUAACUCAAACCCUUCUAGGGAAAUCAAAAAAGGUUCGAGUUAUCGGAAGUUCGAAGCAAAUGAGGAAACAAGCAAAUGGAUGGCCGAGAGGGAAUGCAAGUAUCAUGUACACUUCACUUCAAGGACAACAAAAAAUGAAGAUUGAUAUGUUGAAAAAGGAAUAUUAUGUAACACAGCUUGAUUAAUAUUCAGUGAUGGAAAAUGAAUUUGAACUCGAGUGACAAAAAAAGUAAAGACAAAGAAAUGACAUGAUUGUUUUCAGAUAAAUUCAAUAUUUUGGAGUUCAGUACAUCAUUUUUUUUUCCAACUUCCCAUGCACUAAAAACACAGUUUGAGUUAUAAAGGGUGAAAUUAUAUAGAAAUGAUCUCAAGAGAAACAAAAAUUAAUUUAAGUUAUUGGGAGAUUCGAGUUAUUGAGUGUUUGAGUUACCAAGGGUAAAAUUACAGUAAAUGUAUUGAGGAGAUCCAGGGGAAAUCGACUUUUGGUUUGUGUUAGUGCGAGGUUCAAGUUAUCAAGGGUUCGAGUUAUUAAGAGUCAAAUGUAUUUAAAUUUGCCUUUACAGGUAUGGACUAGAUGCUAACAAUGCAAUAUUAGCAGAUGAAAAGCACCAGCCCCUGUGAGUUCAGAACAUAGUUAUAUUGUUUAUAAGCUAGACAGUACUGCCAUAGCUACAUGUACCUGUACAGAGAGUCAGUGUUAAAAUAUGUUUCAGUUGCAUGAUUUCAAUUGAAUACCAUUUUCAUCCAUCCCUGAAGUGUGAAAUGAAUUUAGUGCAUCUAUAGAUUUACUUUUGAAACAUUAACACUUUGGUCUGCUCUGUGUCACUUCUGUGCAAUGAAAUGUUGGAGAAUAGAAAGUGAAGUCAACAAGGUUUAUUCUCAAAUUGUCAUUUUUGGAAGUCCCUUUAAAUACAAUUUUUAGCCUCCAUCCUGAAGGUAUUGAUGAUGCCCCCAUCACAUGCACAUGGUGAACCUAGGAGUAUUGCCACGACCCCCCCCCCCCCCCCCCCAGGGGGGGUACUGCAAAAAAAAUUUUUAACAAACUCUGUCGCCACCCUUAAGAGGGGACGAAGUUUUUUUUUUAACAAAAAAAUAGAGAGAAAAAAAAAAAAAAAAAAAAUACAGGGGAGGAGACAAAUACUUUGUUCUUUUUUUAAAAGAAAAGUGAAGUAAACAAAGUUUAUUUUCAAAUUUUUAUUUGUGGAGGUCCUUUUAAAAAAAUUUUUAACCUCCCUUCCUGAGGGUUUUGUGGAGCCCCCCCCAAAUGGCCACGGUGAAACCUAGGGUUUUUGCCCCACCCCCCCCCCCCCCAGUGGGAUGCUAGUCAGUAACAGUUUUACAUAACCCUUUGGCACUCAUCUAAAGGGGAGCGAAGUUUCUUGUCUAAGGAAAUGACAUGAAGAAUGAAUGAAACAACAGAAUUGAAGGGCGAGGGGCAAACUUCUUGGCCAUUGUUUAGUCAGCCAGUUUAGUCACUUACUUAAAAAAUUUAAUAAUCUAAUUUUGGAAUAAGUGCUAAAUGAAUUGUGGUUUUCAGUUAUAAAGAAAUGGUUGAUAAAUUUAAUGUGGAAUACAUCCCUGGGGGUGCUACACAAAACAGUAUGCGAGUUGCUCAGGUGAGUAAAUGUAAUAUAAUUUCUUUACUUUGCCAAGAGAGACAAACAAAAAAUGAAAAAAAAAGAAAGAAUGAAUUAAGGGAAUGGGGCAAUGCAACUAUAACAGGUCAAGCCGGCUGUGCUCUAGGGAAAAUAUGAAGAGCGCCUAGUGCUUUGAACCUGUAAAAUCUAGGGUGCUCAGCAUAUGACUUGUAUGAAAAAAACUAAGAUUUUCUAGUUGCCGAAGGGCAAAGGUUAGGUGCCAGGGGCCACCGGGCUCUGCUAGAGCACAGCCCUGCAGGUACAAUUAGCUAUCAGCAAAGGUAAGGUUAUAGUUUGCAGCAUUUAGGCAUUUUAACUUUGAUAUAGUGCAUUGUAUUUUAAUCACUUUUGAUUAGUUGCUGCUGUAGCUUUGGCAGUAUAAUAUGUUUCUUUCAUUUUUGUCCUUAUCACUUGUAUUACUAAUGCUACAACUGUAGUUACAAAAAGUAUUCCAACAAGAAGGGGGAGUGAGGGAGGAAGUGAUUUCAUUGCAUGGCCCUUUAUAUAAUUUAAUUUGGUGAGGCACAAAACAGAUACCAGUUCCUGGCUCAGGGAGAAAGCCGUAGAAAGAAAAUGUGUAGAGACAGCUAAAGUGGUCUUGAACAACAGAGGAAAUUGCAAUUAGAGAUGCCAUUAAAUCUGUAUGUGAACUUUGGACACAAUUAAUUACUUUUUGAAAUCUCUUCCAAUUUCUUUUUUCCUGUGAGAUGGAAAGUACAUUUUGGAUUAUUUUGUACUUUUUUACUUUGGGCAUACAAAAACUGAUACUUGCACCUAAAACAAUUCCUAAUAUGUUAUUUAUUAUUAAUUUUGCAUGGUAUUCAUUUUGUACCUUAUUAUAGUGGCUCUUAGGGAAAGAUGCAAAAACAACAUCAUUUAUGGGUUGCAUUGGUAAGUUGUGUGAAGUUUAUUUAAAGGCCAACUGAAAAUGCCUGGUGCAUCAAAGACAGGUUUUUGCCUGAAAUUCAAAUUCUCUCACUGCCGUUAGCCAUUCUCACUGCAAAACACCCCCUCCCCCACCCUUGAUAAGUAUUAGGACAGGGAAAGAUAUAAAAGAUGAAAAAAAAUUAGUAAGUUAGGUUAUUUUAUGUGACCUAAUUUUUUACAGUUCUGUGGAAAAUCUGCAUAAAUUUUAGAAAAUUAGAUCUUAUGGAAAUUUCAUGCAUGGAGGCAGUAUAGCUACUUAAAAAUUAUAAUCUGCUGCUAAUCAAUGCCAUGAUCUUCCAUGCACCUUCUGUAUAUGUAUUGUUUCUUUGUAGGAAAGGAUGAAUUUGGUAAAAUUCUGUCUAAAAAGGCCACAGAAGCCGGUGUAAAUGUAAACUAUUUAAUACAUGAAAAAGAACCCACUGGAACGUGUGCUGUCUGCAUAACAGGAAAACACAGGUACAGUUUGCAUUGCCUGCUGCUCAUACAUACACUCUCCAAGGUUUCAUUUGACUCUUCCCUUUCCCCUCCCAAAAGUAUAUCAAAAUAGAUGGGAAGAUUUGCAAUGUACGGUACAUCUGAUUUGGAAAUACAUUUAUUAUCUAGUCCCUGAUUAACCCAUAUUUUCUCUGAAGUGCAAUAUAGUCUCAAUUUUUUCAUUUCAUUUGCAUUCCUUGCACGAAACAUUGUCUAGAAUGUGUUUCUCCAGUUUUCAUUUUAUUUUGACCCACUCUGGUCACUAGUCUAUCAUCCAAAACCCUCAUUGGGUCUCUUCUAAACAUUUGUAUAACUGUAUUUGAUAGACAGCCAUACUGUGCAACUUUUGUUGGGUUAAUAGCCCUAUGGUUUAACAAUUAAAAUGAAAUCUCUUUGACAGUACUAUAAGGAGGUUUCAUUAUAUUGAGGUUCUUUACCAUCUACUGGUAUUUGUCUAUAUUGCUGGGCUAGGAAUAUUGUUGGUUAUGCUGAGUUCUUUGUUAUUUGAGGUUUGUUAAAUCGAGGUUCCACUGAACAAUGAGUUUUUCUGAAAUAGAUAUUUGGUAAAUUUGUUUAAAACAUUAAAUCUUUGCAGGUCUCUUGUUGCAAAUCUUGCUGCAGCAAAUUGUUACAAGAAGGAAAGCCACUUGGACAAACCAGAAAACUGGGCAUUUGUUGAGAAAGCUCAAUAUGUUUAUAUAAGUGUGAGUAUGUUAACCACAAAAAACACUUCAGAACUUAUUGUUAAUUUUGCAAUGAAAAGUUGGUCAGAGGCAAUAGUGUGGUUAAGCACCUUGUUGACUGAAAUCUGUUGCCCUUGGACCCCUUACUCAAGCUGCUUUCUUCUGCAGACCUGAUAAAGAAUUUAUAACUCCUGGGGUUUGUAAGCAGGAUUUAUGGUACAACAGGCACCUUCUGCAUUAAAUCUUUUGUCAGGAGGUUGCUUGGACAGAACAGCAGAUUUUGGCUGUUACAUUUAAUGCUAAUGUAGACCAACUUUGGAGGGUUAAGUGUUUUUAAGUGUUUUUCAUUUUCUUUACUUCUAGGGUUUUUUCUUAACAGUAUCUCCAGACUCGAUUGUGAAAAUAGGCAAGCAUGCUGCAGAGAAAGACAAGGCAAGUAAUUUGAAUUGAUCUACUGUGCUAAUAUUUUAUAGGUUUACUUGAACUUAAAUAUUUAUUAUUAUUAUUGUUAUUAUUAUUAUUUUGGUUUCAGCUUUUUAUGAUGAAUCUCUCUGCACCAUUUUUGUGUCAAGCUUUUAAGAAGCCAAUGAUGGAGGCUUUGCCUUAUGUGGACAUUCUGUUUGGAAAUGAAAGUGUAAGUAAAACAAUAAUAUUUGAAAAUGAAAGGGUGUUAAUCAAUUUUAAGCAUAUCUCAUUUGAGUUCCUGGAGGGAUCUGUACCUGUUAACUCUCAUACAGUUGAAGCUCCCAUAAGUAGACAUCAAUGGGGUACAGAAAAUUGUCUUAAACUAGAGCUGGGGCCCGUUUCUCGAAAGUCCCGAUAAUUAACGGGCCCGGUAAGCUGUCUCCGUUUACAUUAAAGAUCCAGGUUCCAAUAGUUUUGCAUCUAAAGUGAUAAAACUAUCAGUUAAUGAAACAAAAUGGAGUAGUUUGCUUGCCAGGACCCCCGCUCUUAUUCUUUAUAUUUCGAUUUGAAUAUUUGAUUUUGGGCGCGAAAAGUUACCGGCACUUUCGAGGAAACAGGCCCCUGGCCAUUUAUGGGAGUUACCUACAUAAGUGGCCUCAAGCACUCUCAAGUUAUCUCCCUUCAGUGCUAAUCAUCAUCAUUGUCAUCAUCACCAAUGCGGCCACCAUGACCAUUCUAAUCAUUAUCAUCAUCAUGGCUACAUCCACGGUCCUCAUCAUCAUCAUCAUCAUCACCACCACCACCACCACCACCAGCCUCAUCUUCCUCCUUCUCCACCCCCUCCUCCUCAUCAUUAUCAUCAUGGUCAUCGUCACCAUGAUCAUCAUAAGUGGCCUCUAGCACUCUCCAGUCAUCUCCCUUCAGUCCUUAUCAUCAUCAUGGCAACCUCCACGGUCCUCAUCAUCAUCACCACCACCACCACCACUAGCCUCAUGUUCCUUCUCCACCUCCUCAUCCUCAUCAUUAUCAUCAUGGUCAUCGUCACGAUGAUCAUCAUCAUCAUCAACAUCUUCGUCAUCAUUGCCAUUUUCGUCAUCAACAUCCACCACCACCACCACCACCAUCAUGUUCAUCAUCAUCAGUAGCAUCAUCAUUACCAUCACCAUUAUCAUCACCACAAGGUGCAUAAAACCGUCAUUUUGUAUGUCCAACCUGCCCUGUCUGUGCCACUGUUUCGGCCAUACUCAAGUUCAUCCAGCCUGCCUUGUCACCCCUUCAGUCCUGUUAACCUUCAACUGGACUGAUCGACUGACUAACUGAAAAGGGACUGCUUACAGCGUAAUUAUAAGAUGUGGUGCUCUUAACACUCCUGCUUCAUUUUGAGACUUACAUACUGUUGAUGUGUUCAUCAAGUACUGAUAAUUCAAGAAGAAGAUGGCUGUGAGCAGUGUAGAGGAGCAAAGAGAGUUGUAGUAAUUUGUUCAAGCUCAGGGUCAUUGAAUUUUGAUAUCUUUUACCAAGAAAGCUCCUGGCCUUUUUUUAAUACAAAUUUGCCUUAAAACAUGGUGCAAAUUAAUUUAAGUGUGAAGUAAAACCUUUCCAUUUAAUUCCUGUACAGGAGGCAGCCGUUUUUGCUAAAGAACAGGACUUUGGAGUAAGUACAUUGAUGUUGCUUCCAGAACAAGUAUUGUUUGGAUAUUGCUACACCAGGUUCAUUCUCUCCAUUAUAAAAUUUUUGACCACCUUGCACAUACUAAACAUAAAAGCAGUGUUCCAUAUAGCUGCAUUUCAGUGGCGGAUCCAGCACUCCCCCCUUUUAUUUUUAGACCAAACUGAGGCCCAAAGGGCCGCAAAAAACCUUUUUUUUUUGAGGCCCCCCCCCCCCCCCCCCCCCAGGGCCCCCCCCCCCCCCACCUUCUUAUCUGAAGGUCUGGAUCUGCCAUUGCAUUUGGCCCCGUCCACCCGACCCCGGACAUUUUUGAAACCGCAUCCUUUCUUACCCGGGCUCGUGUGGAUGUGGCCUAACGGUUUAAACCAAUUUAGAGAGCGGUUUCAAAAAGAUGAGGUUUUGGAGAGAUACAUAAAUAGAUACAUAUUUUAUUUUGUUUCCCAAAGGGGCUUUACACAGACAAUAUAAGAAUGAUACUGAUUUAAAAGCUUAAACUUCCAAGAUUGAAAACCCAGACUGCAUUCGAUGGUUACCAGCUUGAGCUAACUAGUACUUUUUACUUGUUAUAAAUUCACCAGACAGAAGACGUAAAAGAAAUUGCAAAGAAAAUGGCCGAGUUAACAAAAGUCAACGGGAGUCGUCAACGUAUAGUGGUGAUAACGCAAGGCAAAGAACCAACCAUUGUUAUUAAAGGUACUCAGGACACAUAUUUGUGAUUAUAACAUAGGAGGAACUUUUGUCAGGGUCAAAUUAGUCUGCUACACAGCCGUUUUUAGUGGCGACACUAAAAACGACUGUGUAGCAGGUCAAAUGAACUUUUUAGCUUAGAGCUUAUCAGAUGAGCGUUACACCCAUGCCCAUGGGGGUGGUACAAAUGUGACUCACGGGAUCCCACGGGAUGGAGGCCCUUCUCAGCAAACCCAGAGUCCAUGACUAGAAGACACCAGGGGUGGUCACCGCCAGAUUUUUGUUUCGGUCUCAGGGUUAGUCAAAUCAAUCAGUUAAAGCGCUGUGAGGUGGGGCCUUUGGUUUUUCCUCCUUGAUGGGAACUGGAGAGCAGGCUUUUAACCAGACAUUGAAAACUGGCCGUCCAGAAGGCAUGUUUUGUCAUAAAAUUAUAAGAGAUUAAGUGAAUUUUCCUUUUAUGUACUCCAAAGAUGGGCGUCCAUAGGACGGCUGGACACCCUUCUGGCUAAAACCUUGCUGGAGAGUCAAAAACCAUUUGGAGCACGUGCACAAUCCCAUCAGUUAUUUUAAGACAGUGAGUUUUGGUCCUAUCGGGAUUUUACCCCGAACUCCCAGUCUGGUGCUCUGUUUUUGAAUGAUGGCAGUAAAUUCUUUCCCAAUCUUUUUGCAGAUGGUAAAGUCACAGAGUACCCAAUCAUUCCAAUCAAAGAAGAAGAUAUAGUGGACACAAAUGGAGCUGGGGAUGCAUUUGUAGGAGGUAAGAUAUCGAAGUUGUAUAGCUUUUUCUUUCUCGUUCUCCCCGUUGGAGCUUCUUCAUACAGCGUCACUUUGCUCGUUGGUUUCAGAGGAAUUCCGAAGGUCUUCUCUUUUUUUAUCAUUUGCGAGCACAAAAGUUGAAGAUUCUAACGUCUGUUAUCCGCUGUUAAUCUAUGGAAAGUUGCAGAAGCUAAGCAAGUGAAUUGAAAUCAAAGUUGUCAUUUUCACUUUUCAGUGUUUAUAAAUGUACUACCAAUAUGGUUAACUGAAGUUGACAUACGUUUUCCAAAAUGUGUAAACAAAAGAAGCUUUGAAAACUGAAACCUUGCCUUCAACGUGUCUUUGCGGAUACAUUUGCUCUUGUUUUAACCUCUUUACAGCGACAACCUACCUGCCACGGCCACUCUCCUCUGUCCUCAAGGCGCUCGGCUUGGAGUGAUUCUAUUGCUUACUUUCAUCUGCUAUCGCAUUUUGGGCCAGAAGCCAGAACACUACAUAUACCUGACCUUGAAAUUUCCAUCAGUCUUGCGUAUGUCUGUGCCAUUUCUCUCCUUACUGUGUAUUUUGUUGCGUUUUUAAAACUCUUUUAUCUGCUUGCAGGAUUCAUCAGUCAGCUUGCUCAAGGAAAACCCAUCGAUGAGUGCGUUCGCUGUGGCCAUUAUGCCGCCAACUACAUGAUCCAACAGUCUGGUGUCACAAUGACACAACUGCCAAACUUUUCAUAACGUCUCAUGACGGAGGAAUUGUUUUGGUGUUUCAAAGUGGCAAAAUAAAUAGUUUUUUGAAUUCACCAGUGUCUUGUUUGAUAGCCCUAAAUCUUUGACAAAACAAACGGAUAACUACGACCCCACCCCCCAAAAACGGAUGGGAAAAUGGUGCGUUUUGGCCUUCACGCGGCUUCAUCCUUGAUUGUCGGGGAAGGGGGAAUUCCGUUUCCAACUUAUUCUGUCCAAGAUUUUAACUUGUUCCGGGCUCUUAGGUGGACGGGGAAGUUCAAAAAUGACGUGGUAAACGUAUUCGUUAAUGUCUUUCAUCUCAUUCGUUUUCUUGGCCUCUUUCCGACUAUCCGAGAGUUCAUUGAAGGAGGGUCAAAAAACGUUACAAUACUCACACUAGUCAGAGCUUGCUCAAGGCUCAUUUCAAUCCAGGACUAAGUGAAUUUAGGUAGAUCCCUUAGGGUCGUGUAUGAUGGCAAUUAAAUCGACGUUAAAUUCACAGGUGACGGUUUUCUGCAGUUGACGAUACCCACCUUGUCUCUCUCUCUCUUCGAAAGCAAUAUAAUACGGAGCUUAAGCAACGACGACGGCGACGUCAGCGAGACCGGCAUAUAAGCAGUAGGUUUAGAUUGGCAAAACAACAACUUUGCACGUGCAUCACGUUUUUUUGUAUUUGUUUCCCGUCACUGCACGACUACGACGUGAAAAUACCUAAUUUCACGUUUUGUGGAGGACGUGAACACAAGACAACGACUUUCUCCUUCUUUUUCUGAACUUCGAUACAGUCUUUGUUCACACUGUACUCGACGAAUUUUCCACCGGUUGAAAAAUUUGACCGGACACUUUGUUCACACGGAACCGUUCAAUGCUCAGUUUUGUUCACACGGAACUGUUGAACCGUAAUAUUUCCAAGAAAAGCGAGUAAUAAGACGACUCGUAAAUCCAUGUUUAUUUGUGACAUAAACUGUAGUAGGGAUAAAAUUAUCUCUUUUUUGAGCAUGAAUCUCAUUAACUCGCGUCGAAAUCCAUUAUCGACAUUGACGUCAUAGCCUUUUGCCUUAAUCUCAUGAAUAAAAUGCGGAGAAAUCUCAUAAGUUAUGGUCAUAUGCUCUUUGUAGGUUGUUUUACCGGUUUGACAGGUUUUCUAGUUAUUUCAAGGUCGAUGAAUUUCUUGGUGUUCGAUUAGCUGGCUAGAAACUAAGAAAAGUCACUGGUUAGUUCAUGGAGUUCAAACUUGUCUGUUAUUUAGAAUUACUGAGACGUAAACGUAUUACUGUAGACAACAAAUACUAAAUUGCUCCAGGCUAUAGCGUCAUCGGGUUAAUGUGUUCCUCUGCAAGAUAAUGAGAAUCCCCCGCAUUUUAUUCAUGAGCUGAUAAAGACAAAAGGAUAGGAUGUAAUUGGCGCCGUUUAUGUAUUCCUGUGCAAGUUAAUGAGAUUCCUAGGCAAAAAACGGAUGAUUUCAUCCCUAUUAUACUACUUCAGUUGUGACCAUUCCUUUUCCAAGGGUGAUAUUGCCUUGCUCUAUCGAGCAGUCUAGCCGGCCGUUUCUCUUGCAUGGGUAAGAAGCAGGUCUGUAGGUAUUUACGGCUACGGUUUUGAACACGGUACAUUCCCGUACACCAAGAUGGGUGUAUCGUAAGGUCUCUGUUUAGCCAAACAUGAAAUGGGAAAGGUGCUCGUGUAAAAAACAGGUUCUCUGUUCCCUCGCUGCGCUCAACACCCGUCUCCUCUCCCUCGCUCGCGUCUGAAAAUACCUCUUAAAAGAGAAAGAAGUAAAAUUAUCAUGACCAGCAAGUCGCCUUUGGACUCCGGUUAAUUUGUGUAGGAACUGUUUCUUUAUAACUUACUGAAGUUCUAUCUCGUGCGCACACAAUAAAGACGUGCGCGAGAUCAUGGAAUAUACGUCAUAGAGAUGAAAAUGAUGUCAUAAAGGAAAACAAAUGCUGUCUUUUCAAGUUGCAGGAAAACUUCUUCCGACUGAAACUCGAGUUUUUGAAUUUGUCCGCGCAGAAGUUCGGUCUGCAUGCAAAAGAGAGAAAUAAUUUUACAUUAAGGGCAUUUCUCUGGCAGGUAGGGAACCUUUGCAGAUUUCAUUUUUUUAGUUCUAUAUUUUCCCUUUAAUGCUUCCAAAAACUUACCAUUGAUGUACUAUUUUGUUUUACACCAGGGAAAUCACAAUGAAGAGUGGAAUCAUUUUGAUGUUCAUUUUGUUAGCAACAGCAAGUCCUACUGGUCAGUCAGUUUCCCAGUCCAGUCAUGCUCUAGAUGGUAAUACGUGGCCUUUGAAUCGUCUACCCUUGCGCAGUGGUGAGUUGGCUACUCGUGAAGUGCUUUUUGUUUUUGGGUGUCAGAGGGAUUAUUUUUAAGAAAACUGCCCUGCCCCGUUGGUCACUGUCUGGCUCUAAAGAACCAAAACGCCGUUACACAGCAGUCUCGAAUUUUACCUUUCGUUUUCUCUUCUCCCCUCUUUUUCGCUUUUCUGAACACGUUUUUUUUUUUUCGUUUGCUGGGAGUACAAGACUUUAUUUCGGUAAGAUUAGUUCCUGUCCAGAAGGCUUUUAGAAUCUUAAGGUUAGAUGAAAGGAAGUGCACGCAGGGUAGUGGAACAAGAUGUUCAUUGUAAUUUUCUGGUCAGCUUUACGUGUCUUUUUUCGCCUUUUUUCUUCGGUCUCGACCUUAACUGAAUCAUGCUCAUUCUGGUAUGGUUUGAAAGAUACUUCUUACCCCUGCUCGAGUUAGAUGACAAAGUUUUCCUUACAUUGACUAUCAAACCUGAUGGUGCAACAAGCAAUACAAGGAACGUAGAUUCACACGAGCAAUUAUAGGGAAGGCUCGGUGGGUUAAGGGACGGACCAUUAGAAAAGUUAUUGGGGGGUGGGGAAUUUUCGAGCCGCAGGAAUUUUUUUUCCUUUUAAAAGUCCUUGUAUGAAUUUUUUUUAGGCCAUAGCAUGAAUAUUUUUUAGGGUUAGUUGGCGAGCAUGAAUUUUUUUCAUUUAAUUUUCCCUUGCGCGAAUAUUUUUUUUGUACUUCGCCCCCCCCCCAUAAGUUUUCUAAUGGUCCGUCCCUAAAAUAACUUAAAUAGAAAAUACAUAAAACAAAUUCUAUUGAAUCAUGGUCUCAGUCUGAUUCUUAUUGUUUCUUUCAGACUUCCUUUUGCCAUCAUUUUUCACUGUAUUUGGCAGUCUGUUAACGCUGUCACUGAUUGCUAUGAGCACUAAGAGUUCUGUGUGGCCUAAGGUUCAUUCUCAGAAGAAGACUGCAACCAAAACAGAGCAAAACUAUUUCGUCACACCAUCUUUCGUCGCACCUCUUUACGUCAACCGCAUCACCCAAGCAAGGCUACGAUUAGCGCAACACAGGGUCGCGCAAGUUAGUUUUACCGUUGGGCUCCCGGAAGACAGCAACUCAGAAAUCGCCACUCACGUUGAUUUUGAAAUAUGGAAAAAGAAGCGUCAAAACAUUCGUGAGAGGCGAAAAGAAAGGCUUGCGAAAGGACCCAGGAUUGACCCAGAAAAGUUAAAGAAAAUCAAUCAAGAAUGGCUUUUGUUUUACGGAUUUAAGAGUUGCGAUAUUUUCCACAUGGAAAAUGAACUUGACAAUAUUGUUUCUAAAGUGCCUCGCGUUCUCUCAAAGAAAAAGAAAGUUAUUCAGUUUGACAACUGUGUGAAUGUUAUUUACAUCGAGAAAAACAACACUGGUCGUCGAAUGAGCCGAUGGGAAGCACCC